AUGAAGAUCUUCUCCCUCUUCAGUACCUUGUCAGCGGUGCUAUCGUGUACAGCUGUCGUCUCCGCGCAGUCCGACCCUGACCCGAUUGGCACCAUCUAUGAUGGCCAUGUCCCAGCCGACCUAUACGGAUCCAGCUACCCCUACCCUUGGCCGGUGAAGCUGUUCAACUUCUCCAAUCAGCGCCAGAACCUCACAAUGGCCUUCAUGGAUCUACCAGCAAAGAAACAAAAGAAGAAUAAAAAGACAGCGGUCUUGCUGCACGGCGGGAACUUUUGCGGCGUCACAUGGUCCGACACGGCGCGCCACCUGUCGGCCUCCGGAUACCGAGUGAUCCUGCCCGAUGAUAUCGGCUUCUGCAAAUCGAGCAAGCCCCAGGGCUAUUCUUACAAUGUGCAGCAGCAGGCGUUGAACAUUCACAGCCUGCUCACUGCGCUAGGCAUCGAUCAAGUCACCGUGAUUGGUCAUUCAAUGGGUGGCAUGAUUGCCGCCCGCUACGGCCUCAUGUACCCGACCAACGUUCAACAGCUUGUACUCGUCGACCCUCUGGGUCUGGAGGACUGGGUAGCCAAGGGUGUGCCCUAUUUAUCAAUCGACGCGACAUACGAGAGUCAAGUUGUGCAGAAUUUUACCACUCUCAAGGGGUAUGAGCAGGCCAGCUACUUCCACGGUGCCUCCUGGAAGCCUGAGUAUGAUACCUGGGUUCACAUGCUAGCCGAUAUCUAUGCCAGCGACUAUGGCUCCGCCUAUUCGUACGUGAUGGCUCUCGUCACCGACGCCUUGCUCAGCCAGCCUAUCAUCUACCAGCUGCCUCUCCUGCAGACACGUACUUAUCUCAUGGUAGGAGAGAACGACAUUACAGCGCUUGGUAAAGCAUGGUCAUCCCCUGCUGUAGCUGCAAAGCUGGGUCAUUAUUCUGAACUCGGUCCUGCUGCUGCAGCCCUGAUCCCCAACUCCACCUUCCACAUGUUCCCCGGUCUAGGCCAUGCGCCCUUUCUCCAGGACCCCAAAGCAUUUUACAAAGUGCUAUUCUCUUGGCUGGACUAA